AUGGGGACACGCUGUCUCCACAUCCGUAGACCCAUCCCUCCAUCGGUCACCAUAAAAACUCUGCUGAUGCUGAAGUUCUCCAGUCCUGUCACAAGCUCCACCAGACCGCCAUCAUGAAGUACCUGUCUCUUGCUCUCGCCCUCCUGCUGGCUGUCGGCUCCCGGGCUGCGCCCAUGUCUUUUGAUGAUGCACCCUCAGCAUUAAACCAUGCUAGGAGUGUUAUGAAUAUGUACCUGGACAUUGUCAAAGACAGUACCCUCAGAGCUCUGGAACAGAUUGACCAUGCUGAAACCAGGGACAUGCUGAAAAAUCAUGUGCAGAACACAUACCAGAGGAUCAAGGACACUCAGGAAACCGUCCAGCCUAUGACUGACGGUGCUCUUGCCACUGCGAUCGAAGCCACAAGAGACAUGCGUCAAUCUAUCGCGCAAGAAAUCGAAAGCCUGAAAACUGAUCUUGAGCCCAAACGUGAACACCUGCGCCAAGUUGUCCAGCAGCACAUGGACCAGUACCGUGCCAUGAUCGAGCCCAUUGCCCAGGAGUACCAGAAAAGGCACGAAGCUGAAAUGGAACCCGUGAGGGCCAGGCUGGAGCCAGUCAUGGGAGAGCUUAAAGAAAAAAUAACAACCAACUGGGAGGAGACCAAGGGUGCCCUGAUGCCCAUCAUCGAGUCUGUGAGGGCCAAGGGUCAAACAUGGUUGCAGGCCGCAAAGGAGAGUGCUGGCCCUUACGUCCAAGAAUACAAGGAGCAAAUCAAGAACUACAUGACAGGUGCAAUGGAGCAGGCUCGUAACAUCAACGCUGAAGACUUGCGCGGGAAGGUUGCACCAAAGGCCCAGGUAGUAGCUGGAAAACUCAAGGAAAUCAUGGAAGACAUUGUUGCUGCCAUCAACAAGGCCUAAAUCUUCUACCUUGGUUCCUUUUCCCCAUCUGUCCAAAAUCCAUUCCACCUUCCUUUCCAUUCCAGCUUCCCCGACAAAAGCCUCCCAAAAUGAAGCUAACUCCUGUCUCAUGAAGCACAACGGCGAGACUCUAAUGCUUUCUCCCAUGCAAACAUCUUACUUUGUUUGACAUGCAGGCAUUAAUACACUCACACACUCACAUGCUUCACUAUUCAUGUCAUGGCAUAUUGCUCUCAUGUGUGUGAAUUCACCAUCAAGUGUCUGAACCUCUGUGUGAUGAUUGAAAAACAGAUCAAUAAACAUCUGACUGUUUUUACAA